UAAUAAACUAGUUUUAUUUACCUACAUUUUUUUCAAAAUUGUUGCGCCAUUUAAAAUUAAAUUUUUAUUCUCUUAAUUCCUGUAAAUUCUAAGAACGGAACUAUCAGCAUAUACUUACUAUAACAAUGAGUGAACAAGAGGCUGGUCAGGACACUGGAGAACAGAGACGUUUCCUCUGUGGAAAUGCGAAUUGCCAAUGCACAAAAUGCGAAUGCUCUAAGGACUGUUGCAAAUGCGGCAAAAAUGACACAAAAGGAGAAAAGGGCCAAAAAUGUUGUGAUGGAAAAUGCCACUGUUGCGACAAGGGAUGUUGCAAUUGUUGUAAGAAAUGCCGCGAUGAAAAAGGAUGCACGCCUGGUAAAGAAUGCGUGAAAUGUCCAGGAUGUGAUUGUUGUAAAAAGCAAGAGAAAUGAUUUCGAGAAAACCUGGAUACAAGCAUUUAAAUUAAAUUAUCAAGUUAACAAUUAUUCCAUAAAUUGUGCAGCUAUUAUUAUGCAUAAGCUUAUUUAUAGC